AUGUUUGCCUUCGACGAGGCGCUGCCGUGGCUGAGCUACGUGCGCGAGCACGGCGUGCAGCAGUUCGUCGCGAUGUUCCACGACAACAAGGCGCUGACCAGCGACGAGCUUCUCUGGGGCGAUGAGAUCGAAUACCACCUCGUGCGUCUGGACGAGAAGCAAAAGACGGCCAAGGUGGCGCUGCGGGCGGAGGAGGUGCUGGAGGUGCUGCGGCAGAAGGAGCACCAGUUUGGACGCCGGGACGGGUUCGGGGAGGCGUGCUCGUGGCACCCGGAGUACGGCGCGUGGAUGGUCGAGGGCACACCGCGCGUACCAUACGGCGGGCGAGUCGAGCACAACAUGCGGCUGCGGCGGAAGCGGCUGGCGGCGGUGCUCCGUCCAGACGAGCGCGCGAUCACCAUGCCCGCCUUCCCGACUCUCGGCGUGGGCGACUUUGCCGAGCCCGCAGCCGCCGCGGGCCACGACGCGACGAGUCGGCUCGCCGCCCUUCCUCGGACCCUUCUCGGACCCCUCUCUGACCCGUCCCGCAGGCAACGACGCGACGCUUACCCGAACCCAUCCCCUACCUCCACAGCACCCAAACCCAUCCCCUACCUCCACAGUACCCAAACCCAUCCCCUACCUCCACAGUACCCAAACCCAUCCCCUACCUCCACAGUACCCAAACCCAUCCUUCCGUGUCGGGCAGGCAUCGAGAUGGACGCGAUGGCGUACGGGAUGGGCUGCUGCUGCCUCCAGGCGCGGGACAUCGACGAGUCGCGUCAUCUCUACGACCACCUCGCCGUCCUCGCGCCGGUGAUGCUCGCGCUGGCUGCCGCGUUUGCUGUUUCAGGCCGCCUCGCCGACACGGACGUUCGGUGGGCGACCGUCGCUGCGUCGGUCGACGACCGCACGCCGUUCGAGCGCGGCCUCGCGCCGCUUGCGGGCGGCGGAGUGGCGCCGCUCCCAAAGUCACGCUACGAGUCGAUCUCGGUGUAUCUCGCCAACCGCUGCAUGAAGCGGUACAACGACCUCGACGCGCCCGUGGACGGCCCCUCCCUCGAGAGGCUGCUUGAGGGCGGCGUGGACGAGGACUUGGCGCGCCACGUCGCGCACUUGUUUGUGCGAGACCCGCUCGUCAUCAUGAAGAGCCGGCUGCGCCUGGACGACGCCACGGAGACGGACCACUUUGAGAACCUGCAGGGCACCAACUGGCGGCGUCGGCGCACGGCGUGCGUUCCGCAGGUCGGGUGGCGCGUCGAGUUCCGGUCGAUGGAGGUGCAGCUGACCGACUUCGAGAAUGCCGCCUUCACCACCUUCGUCGUCCUCGUCUCGCGCGUCAUCCUCGCCUUCGACCUCAACCUCUACCUCCCCCUCACCAAGGUGGACGAGAACAUGCGCCGCGCACACCUCCGCGACGCCGUCCUGCAGCAGCGGUUCUGGUUCCGAAAGCACAUG